CGCGCCGGCGGCCGUGGCUCCGCGAGGCGAAGAGGCGACAGGUAAACGGCGGUAGAGCGGGCGGACGCGGCACGGAGAGGAGCGGUUCGCCAGGCGACCGGCGAGGGACGGGCCGCGGGGACGCCGGGCAAGGACAGAGGGCCGGACCUUCGUCCCCUGGGCCCACGAGCCGGCCGGCGCCCGCGACGUCCUCUGACCCUGGGCGCGUUCCGGAGACACAGGGAGUGAGAAAAGGCUGCCUGCUCCUGUCUGCACUGCCCUUCUUGAACUCUGGCUUCUUCCCUUCCCUUCUGACCCAGGACCUCUGCGGAAGAGACUUGGCUCCUACUUUCUACACUGAUUAAUCAAGAGUGAAAAAUCGGAAGAAAUGCAAGCAGGAAAAAGAAAUUAAACUAGGCCUGAGGAGCGAUGCAACAGGCAUGAUGGAGGUCGAGUCCUCCUACUCAGACUUCAUCUCCUGUGACCGGACAGGCCGUCGGAAUGCAGUCCCUGACAUCCAGGGUGACUCGGAGGCUGUGAGCGUGCGGAAGCUAGCUGGAGACAUGGGCGAGCUAGCACUUGAGGGGGCAGGAGGACAGGCAGAGGGAAGUGCCCCCAGCAAGGAGGCCGUCAGCCAGCCUGAGAGCAGUGCCACUAGCGCCUCAUCUUGAUUCCGCAAGAGAGACCUGCUGUACCCUCCUGGAACUGGAGCCCUGGCCCAGCCCUGCAGCCUCUUCUCUGAGCCCAUAGCCCAGGCUCGCCAGGCUGACUGAGAGCCUCAUGGGGGCUCUGUGGCCUCUACUCCAGCAAAGUCCUCUGCCCACACCACAGGCUCCACUGUCCUUCACCUCCCCACGGUGCCCAGGUACACUUUGAAGACACCUUCACCAUGACAUGUUAUUUAUUCAGCGAAGUGGGGCUUGAGCCAAGCGCUGGCCCCAGGUCAGCAGCCCUGACCUGGACAGGGACUGUCCGGGCACCACUCAUCCCUUCCAGCCAGCCAUGUUGGAGAGAUCUUCCUAGCCCUUUUUUAAAACCUCUUUUACAUUUUUUAAAAACAUAACCUUUUUCAGCAGAGAAGGGGAACUGACAAUCAAUUUUUCAGUUUUGGUUUUGGUUUUUGGUUUGUCUUGAAAGCCUUUUAAAGCAUAGUUGUAAUAAUCUAUGCAGCUCUAAGUUCCCUGUGGAGCCUCACAGAUCCAGUUUGGGGAAAGGAUUUGGACUCAAAACUAGCUGACCAAUUCUUUGUACCAAGAGACUGAUACAUAGGCCCAGGAAAUAAAUGCUGGUGGUUUGUG